AUGGGCAGCAGUGGGGUCACAGCCGGUGGCAGCACGCCCCUCUUCGCCAGCGGCAGCACCCCGCGCAUGGGCGGGGUUACCCCUAUGUUCACUGGAGCGACCCCGGCCGCCGGGGCAACCUUCGGCGCCACCCCGAACUACCAGUACGAGGGCGGGACACCGCUGCAGUCGCACUUCGCCUCCUCUGUCGAGACGCAGUCCAUCACGACGGCGGCCAUCGAAGCCAAGGCGAAGGCGCUGGAGAAGGAGUGGAACCGCAAGAACAAGCGGCUCACAAGCGAGUACCUGAACAGCAUCUUGCCCAGAGAGUUCUUCACGGUGGCGGCGGUGCCAGCCGACUACAACCCGCUGCCGCCGGAGGAGCCGAACUUCUACGAAAUCGCCGUGCGCUCCAUGGACGUGUUUUCGAUGCAGGCCGGCGCAGCGGCGGCGGUGACGGCCGGCCUGGACGCGAACGGGCAGCCCAUCAGGUACGACAUCCCGGAGGACAUGGGUGAUGGUAUGCCCGCCAUGAAGGUCGAGGACGCCGCCGUGUUCGUCGAGCUGCUCAAGUACCACAAGGCAGAGAAGAUCCCUGAUGAGCAUCUGCCUUCCUACCUCCUUAUGAAGAACCUCUUCAAGAUCAAGAACGGCGACACGAUGCAGCGCCGCGCCGGCACGCGCUACCUCCUCGACAAGGCAACGAUCUUUGGCAGCCACUUUAUCUUCCAGCGCCUCAGCUACAUCUGGAGCUCUGAUAUCCUCAACAUUGAGGAGAAGCACUACUUCAUCGACUUCAUCAAGUCGCUGCUGCAGCAGAUGGGCAAAGGCGCUCGGCAGUUCACCAAGGAGGUGAUCCACCUGGUGGAGCCGCUGCUCACGGCGCACGAGCGCAUUCUUCGGGACGACGGCAAGCAGGUGCUCACCUUGCUGACACGGGUUGUGGGGUUUCAGGCAGUGUUCGCGGUGAUUCGCGAGGACUUUGGCCACGCCGAGAGCAUUGUGCGUCGCCACACGGCUCGUGUCAUGGCGGUGGUCGGGUACGCGGCCGGCACCGAGGAGGUGACGGCGGCUCUGCGUGACAUGUCCUACGCCCCGUCGGCGCUUGCUCGCCAGACGGUCGUGCGCUCGAUGGCGGAGCUGGCGAAGAUGGUGGGGCACGCGUUGAUAGCGGCGCUGCCGGAGAUGGUGGCAAUGCUGGAGCGUCUGCUGCGCGACGAGAAGCGCGUGCAGCGGGACGCGGCCCUGGCGGUGGCGGCGAUUGCCGAGGCGACGGCGCCGGACGGCAUUGAGGAGCUGGCGCCGCUGGUCGACGUCAUCUGCGAGGAGUGCAUGAAGGGCAUCGGCAGCAUGGCGUCGCCCUUCAUCCAGGCCUUCGGUGCCUUGGUUCCGCUUAUGUCCCCCUACGACGCGCAGGCCCGCACGGCGGCGAUGAUGCCAAACCUUGUCAACCAGUUCAGCACACCUGAGGACGAGUUCCGCCGCGUUCUCAUAUCUGUCGUGCGCAAGUGCGUGUUGGCGGAGGGUGUGACGCCGCAGUUCAUUCGGCAGACAAUCCUGGAGCCGUUCUUUGAGGGCUUCUGGCGUGUGCGUCGCCUUGCCGCGGAGCGCCAAACGUCAGGGAGUCUUGUGGCGACGACGGUGGAGAUUGCGAAGAAGCUGGGAAGUGUGGAUGUGCUCGUGAAGUUGUCACCAGAUAUGAAGGACGAGAGCGAGGAGUACCAGCGCAUGGUGCUGACGGCCAUCAAGAAGGUCGUGGACGCCACCGGGAUGGAUGCGGCCCCCGACACGCUCGUCACCUUCGUCCUCGACGGCGCCAUAGCCGCCGUGCGCCAGGAUGAGCUUGGGACGAGCAAGUUGGUCAUGAACGUGCUUGCGACUAUCUGCAACGCACUGGCGGCGCGGCUGCGGCCGUACCUGAAACAGGUGUUCGACCUCAUCAAGCGGCGCCGCGAGAACCGCGAGGCCUCGAUGCGAGCGCAGACGGCCGACCUCGUCUCGCGCAUUGCCCACACCGUCAUGCUGGCGGACGGCACCGUGUUCCUGCAGGACCUGGGGCUGAGCCUGUACGAGCGACUCGAGGACCCGGAUGCGCGGGCGCUGAGCGCGAACUUGCGCGCGGUACGCUCCAUCUUAGGCGAGCUGGGCUCCCGCCGCUUCAAGCCCUCGGUGCGCGAGCUUCUGAAGCGGCUCACCUUCGUCAUCAAGAGCCGCAACAGCCACGUACAGAACGGCGCCAUUGCCCUGAUCGAGGACAUUGCCACCAACUACGACGCGGAUGUCGACGCGAUUCACCUGCACCAGCUGGCGACCCGUGGGCUCUUCGAGCUGCUCGACUCCCAGCAGCGGGCGACGCGCCACGCGUGCGCGCGCACCUUUGGCGUCAUCGCCAAGAAGAUUCGCCCCUUCGCCAUCAUCCUUGAGCUGGUCGACAACUUUCGCCAGGACAAGCGCCAGAUUCGCAUCUGCACGGCCGUGGCCCUGAGCGCCAUCGCGAAGGAGUGCGGCCCCUUCACCAUCAUCCCCUACCUCCUGAACGAGUACAAGAUCAGCGAGGGGAAGCAGGUGGCGGUCAUUGUGCAGCACUCGGUGCUCAAGGCAAUCCGGUAUAUUUUCGAGGCCAUCGGCUCGAUCGGCAAGGAGUACGUCUAUCCCAUGAUCCCGUUGCUGGAGCGGGCCUUGACGGAGACGAACAUACAGAUGCGGCGCAUGGCUGUGGAGGCUUGCCGUGCCGUUCUGCUCUCCGUGGCCGGCAACGACGGCUUCGAGGACAUCGCGCUGCACUUGCUGAACUUUGUCCACCCGAACAUUGUGGAGCUGUUGGCAAAGAAUGAGGUCAAGAUCGGCGAGGAGCGCCUCAAGAUGGUGACGGCCGUCGUGAGCUACUACGAGGCGGCGCGGGUGGUGAUCGAGCCGGGGAGGCUGCUGCAGUACCUCUUGCAGGGCCUGUUCCACCCAGCGCGCAAGGUGCGCGACAUCUACCGCCGCACUUAUAACCUCAUCUACGUUGGCAGCCCAGAGCGCCUCGUCCCGUACUACCCACGCAUCCAGAACGACGCCUCGCACACGUACGUCCGCCAUGAGCUGGAGGUGCUUCUCUAA